UCCUCAUGCGUUUGCAGAGCUCAGCCAAGCGCAAUACUAUUGGCUUGCUACCGUGCAUGUGACACUGGGAACGAACCGAUACCCCGUUUUCCAACACAGCUCAAAGUUCACGAUCAAGAAAAAACAGGUCAGGCUCACAUGUUCUAUUGGUUCCUUUGGGCUAAGUGUUUUCAUUGGUGUGCCGCCGGUAAUCUUAUAGUACAUGUUAUGUAUAAGGAGAUAUUGGAGCACGCAAUAAUGAUGCACAGGCGCAUAUCCCCAUUGCUCGCCAAUUCGGCUCUCACCCACUGUGGUUACAUACAGCCAAAACGCGUAGCCACCCGUCUUCCGGGGUUCCGUCCGAGAUCGUUGAAUGACGUUUUCGGCCGGGCACUCAAGGUAUAUUUAGCCGGGCCAUGGGUACGAUGAUCGAGUCUGUUAUAAAGCGCUGGUCGUAUCCAUCUUAUCUUCCACAUCACCGUUCCCAGCCAUGAGUUUCUGCAAGGAUUGUGUCUCAGGCGUCACCCACGAGGGUAUUCCUACAGGUACGU